AAACAAUAACAAUAUCACGUGGAGUAUCAACGGUGAGGCGAUCUCUCAAUAUAAACUCUAGACCGUGUAUUUAAGAAAAACUCAGGAGUUUCUUGUUAUCAGCACACUCAUGCUUAAGCAAACACACGAAAGGACUUGUGUGACGCGUUAGACUGUGUGUUAUUUAAAGAGUUCGCUAAUAAGCGCGCACUGAGCGGUGAUUCAGGGGUUUUCCGCGCAACUGUGAACGGUUUCUCUUUCACUUCAGGUGGAUUUGGUUAUUCUGUGGGUUUUAGUGAUGGAGGAACAGCACCUCCAGACUCGGCUGAUCCAUUUACUCCGACAGGACAAAAUACAGCUGUGGCUUGAGCCUUACAGGAGCCUCAAAGACCCGGAAGACCGACUGAAGAUCAUGGAACUGGCUGAAAAGUAUGCAUCGGCCAUCCAGUUUCCAGUGGAGAAAGUGACAUCAGCUUUAGAGAGAAUCAGAACAGAGACCAGCCAGAAAGAUGAAGGAAAUAAAGAGUUUAAGGAGACGUCAGUGGCUACGCUGGUGCUCCAUCUGCCCAAAGAAGAAGGAGAGACAAGGAUUAAGAAAGUCAAUUUAAAAACCAAACUGGACAUCACUACACAAGAGCUAAAGAAACAGAUAAGUCAGGAGUUUGGAUUCGCACACUUCAAUCUGAUUUUGUCUGGAAAAUUACUGUCUUCAGAGAGAAAGCUUGAUGAGCAGAAUGUGAAGAAUAACAGUAAGAUAAUGUUGGUGAAAGGGACUCCUCCGGAUGCAAAAGCUGAAAUGUACAAAAACGAAGAGGAGAAGCGCAAACAGGAAGAAGAGAUUAAGAAAACACAGAAAGGCUUCCAGAUCCUGUCUGAGAGAGAUGGGAGUGAAGAUCCGUCCACCACGCCGUUCUUAGAGAUCGCGGAUCAGAAAGGAAAUCCACUCCAGAUCCCAGACGAAGAGAGGAAGGCUCUGAUCCUGGCCAUGGGCUUUCAUGAGAAAGGUCGAGCUCUGAUGAAGAAGAGGGACCACAGUGCUGCUCUUCCUUACCUGGUGCUGGCAGAUGAACAGUUCAAGAAGUGUAACUCUGCGAUUCUGCACACGGUGGACAAUUAUGCGGUUCUGCAGCUGGAUGUGGUGUGGUGUUACCAGGCUCUGGGGCAGCUGGAGUGUCUGAAUGAUGCCCAGCAGAGGCUGGAGAAAGCAGAUCAGUGUUUCCAGAGGUGUUAUGGAGAGAAGCAGAGCCGCCUGCAACAGAUUAAGGGACACACCGGAGGAGAAGAAGUGCUGUUUCUGAGGCUCCGUAUACUGCAGACCCUGCAGACGUACAUCGAAGGCCACAAGAACCAGGCGCGUGAGAAACUCGGAGAGGUGGAGCGUCUGUACGCUGAGUUGAGUCUGGACCCACAGAAGCUCCAGCAGCUCAAGGAGCUGGGUUUCUCCGAGCAGGAGGCUCGUCUUGGUCUGAGAGCCUGUAGAGGAGACGUUUCUGCGGCCGCGCUGCUCAUCACAGAGAGAAAGAAGGAGAAGCAGGCGAUGAAGCUGAAAGAGCAGGAUAAGAGGAGACGGCGCCUGCAGGACAUCAACAUUCUGGUGGAGCUGGGCUUCGGGAGGAGAGACGCACAGAGAGCCCUGCAUCAGGCCAGAGGAGAUGUGGACAAGGCCUAUGGGAUUCUGCUGGAUGGAGCUGAUGCUCAAAAAUCUGAUCGAGAUAAAAAACUGAAUGAGCUGCUGUCGCUGGGCUUCCAGGAGGACAUGGCGGACUCUGCACUGAGGAUGACGGGAGAUGAUGUUCAACAGGCCACAGUGAUGCUGCUGGAGAACCAGGGAGUGAUUCCUGCUGACCUUCAGUCUCCUUCACCUCCAUCAUCAUCAUCAGAAGAGCCCAGCACAUCCUCCGAAUCCACCGGCUCCAGUCGUCAAGAUGAGGAUCUGCUGGUGAACGAGCUGUUGGAGGAUAUUCCCAAACACGAGGAGGAUUAUCUGGACCUGACGCUGGACGAGGAGAAAGAGCUGAUGGAGAAGAUCAGAUCCAGCCUGGAGAAGCAGAACUAGAGGAAAACACGGCUUUAUUCUCAUUAUUCACAUUUAUAGAGUCAUAUACAGGCACAUCUGUUCAAUGAUGCAGAUUUGUUUACUUCAUGAUUCGGUCAAAGGGAGUUCAUUUAGUUUUGGUUUGGAUGAUUCAUGAUUCACUUUGGUUGAAGUGAUUCACUGAGUUUUACUGAUUCAAAUGUUGAGUUUAUUUGUUGAUUGUGCAAUAAAGUUGAAUAUUGACAUAAA